AUGAAUAAGAUUCAAGUCUCGGGUGGACCAUAAUACAUGAAACAAUGGUAAUCGACUAUUAAAAGCUUAUCAUGGACAACAAAAGUUUUGGAUCAAGCUAAUAUUUAUCCGGUCUCUUUAUCCAGGUCUUUGUGACAUUAUCAACAGGUUGGAUGGAAACAUUCCGGUGGCCCAUGAUGAUUUUAAUAGUCACGAUUCAUUCACGACUGUUACCUGUGGUAUGGUCCACCUAAGAUUUGGAUCUUCUUCAUUUAUGUGAUCACGCCUAAAAUGAGCUUUCAAAAUGGAUGGACGGUGUGGAUGUAAGUUACAUGCAUCAAAGUGGGCUCCACAGUUAGGGAUCCACCGACCUCGGUUGAUCCGGGGAUCCACCAAACCGCGACCGUAACAACCUGAUCACCGGCGCCCACCCAUUCGGGCGCGGAUUCAGUCAGGACCUGACCGAGUUCCGUCUGUUGUUUUCCGUGGGGCCCACCUAGAUGUAUGUGUGAUAUAUCCACUCCGUCCAUUCGUUUUUUCAGAUAUUUCUAAUGCAUGAGACUAAAAGUGAAGAAUAUCCAAAUCUCAGGUGGAUCACACCACAGGAAAUAUUGGUGAUUGGACAUUUAAACAUUUUUCGGGCAACCAAAGUUUUAGAUCAAUCUGAUAUUUAUGAUUUAGCUUCAUCCAGGUCUAUGUGUCAUUAUCAACAGGUUAGAUGACAAAUAAACAUAACGGGUACUCAGGAAUUUUUUAAUGGUAGGCAUUCAAUGAUCACUGUUUCCUCUGUUGUGGUCCACCUAAGAUUUUUAUCUGCUUCAUUUUUAGGCACUUCCAUUAAAACGAUAUGUAAAACGGAUGAAGGGUGUGGAUAUACAACACAUACAUCGAGGUGGGUCCCACAAAAGACCUAGACGGAACUCGGUCAUGUCCCGACCAAACCAAUCCGCGCCCCACCCAUUCGCGGUGGGCCCCACUUGAUGCAUGAUCCCAAUCUAAGCAUAAAACCCCACAUCGUCGGAUCCGAUAACCCGAAUCUCCCAAUCAGCAUUCUCCAUUCCCCAUUCCCCGUUCCCAUUUCAUGGAUAUCCAUUUCCUACUGAAAAAUCCUUUUUCAUUUCCCACGUCCAUACAUGGACGUCAUUUUUGAGACAUCCAAAGGCAAAACAUUCAUCAUUGAAGUGGGCUACUUCGACACUGUCUUGGAAAUGAAAGAGAAGAUAGAAAAGUACGAAGGAAUCCCUAUCGACCGCCAAACGCUCGUCUUCAACGGCCAGGCGAUGUCAGACGAUCGCGACACCGAAUUCUACGAAGUUCUACUUGGAUCUCACAUUCAUCUUAUGAUCGAGUCCAAUUCUGAAAAACCCAUCAAGAUCGAAGAACCACCUUCCAAACUGAAUGUCUCAAUCAAGAUUCCGUCGUCCAAGAGACAUUUCGUGCUAGAGGUGGACAUAACGGAUACUGUUAAUCAGCUGAAAGAGAGAAUUCAUGAAUCAGAAGGCAUUCCUGUCAGUCGAUUCGUGCUAUUCGUCGCCGGUGUUGAAUUGCAAGACCAUAGAUCGAUGGGUGAGUAUGGCGUCACGGAGCAUUCGGAAAUCAAUGUGAUUCUUAAGCCGUUACCUCCGCAGUCGGUGGCCGGGCCUGCUUCUAAGAAAUUGAAGUUGAUGGUGCAACCGAAAUGCGGGACUAGGAAGAUACCUGUGGAGGUGAGUGCGUCGGAUAAUGUCGGGGAAUUGAAGAAAGAGCUGCAGAGAUUGCACCACCAGCUCCAUUUCCAUCUUCCUCAAGAAGGGUAUUUCUUCAUUUACAAACAGAAUGUGAUGGAGGACGAACGGACUUUCCGUUGGCACGACGUCCGGCAGGGGGACACCAUAGAGAUAUUCAAUGGAAGUGUAACGGGUGGAUCAUAGAAUUCUGUUUAAUUCGCAGAUGGCGCGUUUGGAUACUCUAUCAAAUUGUAUUGCAAUUUUGAAUGGUUUAAUAAGGGAAAGUAAAUAAAUCGUGAUUUCCUUA